GAAAGCGAGCUUUCUAUCAGCAUCAUGUGGUCAGUAGGUAGGUAGGCCACCAGCCUCCAUACUAUGCAGUUGUUCCUCCACAAGCUUUCGUUUCAGCCAUCUCUUGCCAUCCAUUUCGCCAACGAUUUCGGGAGGAAGGCUGGGAGCGUCACACUUUAUUGCUCUUAAUUCCCGUCCUGUCACAAGAUCUACACCUAUCGCCCCGCCACGUCUGUCGCCUCUUUGCUCUACCCCGCCAUCACGAGUACGAACAGGAGCUGCUGAUUCCCGUAGGCCCGACCCGAUCGCUUCACUCACUGUGCAUCAUAUCCACCAUAGAUGACCAGGAGCAAGCUCAGAACACCACACCUCCUUCCAUGAUAUCUCGAGCCAGCGGAAGCCGGCAAUCUCCUGCCACUGGGACUCCUCCUGCCCUGGCGGCUGCCAUGGAAGCUGCCGUGGCUGGUGCUACCGAGUUUGGCCGCGUCGGUCGCCGCAUCAUGCUGAAGAUAUGGGAUCCCGAGCCCACCAAUAACCGAAUUACCAACGAACCUGCCUGGUGUCUAGGCCGUUCAUAUAUUCUUGACGUCAAGAACUACGGCCCGGCGUUGGUAUCCACCGACACUCCACCUUCCGACUCCGUCGAGACCCCUUCGCUACCUCCCCCGAACAACCCCGACACCCCUCCUGAUUCCGCCUCGAGCAGUUUCGACUCCUCAUUGGCGUAUGAAGAACCUGGCCAGGAUGGCGGCUGGCCUCCCGAAUUUGUCGACGACUUCGAAUCUCGCAUCUGGAUGACGUACCGUACCGACUUUGAGCCGAUUCCCAAGUCGGCCGAUCCGCGAGCAGCCUCCGCCCUGUCCUUCACCAUGCGCUUGAAGACUUCGUUCAGUGACCAGAAUGGUUUCUCGUCGGACACGGGAUGGGGUUGCAUGAUACGGUCGGGCCAAAGUCUACUCGCGAAUGCCAUAUCAAUUACCCGUUUAGGCCGAGACUGGAGGCGUAGCAAGGACCCCGAUGCAGAGCGGCCUAUCUUGCCCCUAUUCGCAGACGAUCCCAGGGCUCCUUAUUCACUCCACAACUUUGUUAAGCACGGGGCUGUCGCGUGUGGGAAGUAUCCAGGCGAGUGGUUCGGCCCAUCGGCCACUGCCCGGAGUAUACAGGCUCUAGCAAACGCAAACGAAACUUCCCUUCGCGUAUACUCCACUGGCGACCUCCCGGAUGUCUACGAAGAUAGCUUCAUGGCAGUGGCAAACCCCGACGGCGAGGCGUUCCAACCAACACUCAUCUUAGUUGGUACACGUUUGGGGAUUGACAAGAUAAACCAAGUUUAUGAGCAAGCACUGAUAGCUACAUUGCAGAUGCCACAGUCGGUUGGCAUCGCCGGGUAUGUUAUUCCCCCGUAUCCAGCUAUCUCUAAGCUCUAUUCUGACGUAUUUAGUGGUCGCCCAUCAUCUUCUCAUUACUUUGUAGGCGCACAGGGCCAGUGGCUCUUUUACCUCGACCCUCAUCAUCCCCGGCCAGCGCUACCGUACCACGAAAAUCCGGGAGCAUACACAAAGGCCGACAUAGACUCUUGUCAUACCAGGCGGCUUCGCCAUCUCCAUGUUGGGGACAUGGAUCCCAGCAUGCUGAUCGGUUUCCUGAUUCGUGACGAGGACGACUGGGAUAUGUGGAAGAGUUCGGUUAACCAUGUCCAAGGCAAGGCCAUCGUUAACGUGUCUGCUCAUGAUCCGGCCAUGGGGUUGCCAUCUGGGCGGGCAGAGGCAAUAGAUGAGGUAGAGACAUUAAGCGACGAUGCGGAUACUGUCUUGGGGAUUUGA